AGAAUUUGCCUCCUGAGCCACCAAGCGCCUCCUGGAGGAAUAACUUAUAAGCUUUUCCUCUCUGAAUGAAAUGCGCAUGCGUUUGACGUUCACACACUUUAGCUAGCAAGAUCUCGGCCAUUUACGCUUUCCCAUUAGCGGUGACUAAACACAAAGACAAUGACACAGCCUGCAGACUCUAUUCUACACAGCGGUUACUUUCACCCCACUCUCCGAUACUGGCAGACCUGUGCUUCAGACCUUAGACCAGAUAACCUCAUUUAUCCUGUCUUUAUUACUGACAGUCCUGAUGCAGUGGAACCAAUUGCAAGUCUACCUGGUCAAGCAAGAUAUGGUGUUAAUAAGAUAGAGGGUUUACUUCGUCCCCUUGUCGAUAAAGGCCUGAAGUGUGUGCUGAUUUUUGGAGUUCCUGCAAAAGUUGCGAAGGAUGAGAGAGGCUCUGGGGCAGACACAGAUGACACUCCUGCAGUCCUGGCUAUGAAGAAACUGAGGAGCACAUUCCCUGAUCUUGUGCUGGCCUGCGAUGUGUGCCUUUGCCCCUACACCUCUCAUGGCCACUGUGGAAUCCUGCGUGAAGACGGCAGCUUGGAUAACGCUGCAAGCUGUUUGAGGUUGGCUGAAGUAGCUCUGGCUUAUGCUCGAGCAGGCUGCCAUAUUAUCGCUCCUUCAGAUAUGAUGGAUGGACGGAUUGCAGCCAUUAAGCAAGCACUAAUCGCCAAUGAUUUUGGCAACAAGGUGUCAGUGUUGAGCUACAGUGCUAAAUUUGCCUCCUGCUACUAUGGGCCAUUCAGAGAUGCUGCUCAGUCUAAACCUGCUUUUGGGGACAGGCGAUGUUAUCAGCUUCCCCCUGGUGCCAGAGGACUAGCUCUGCGGGCCUGUGACCGGGAUGUAAAAGAAGGUGCUGACAUGCUGAUGGUGAAACCUGGAUUACCAUACCUUGAUAUUGUGAGAGAGGUUAAAGAUAAGCACCCUACUCAUCCACUGGCAGUGUAUAAUGUAUCAGGCGAGUUUGCUAUGUUGUGGCAUGGAGCUGAAGCUGGAGCUUUUGACCUGCGCACUGCAGUUAUGGAAGCUAUGACUGCCUUCCGUCGAGCAGGAGCUGACAUCAUUAUCACUUACUACACUCCACAAUUGCUCACAUGGCUAAAAGAGUAAUGGUUCUCCUAUUCUCCCCUGAGAGAGAAAAUGGAAUUAGAAAUAAAUCAGCUAAGCAAAUAUUACUACAAAAAAUCUCAAACUAUUUUCCAGGAUUUUUUUAUUUUAUUUUAUAUAUUUAGUUAUAAACAUAUCCAAUCAGCUUUGUUUUCUGUAGUUCUUAAAUUUUUGGCAAGCUUUAGCAACCCUCUACAUUGCGACUAAAUCAUAUGCGACUAAAUCUUCACUCUGGGCAACGAAAUGAUGUCUAAUAUUAGCCAAUGUUUAAUAAAUUCUCAGAUUUUACUCGCCAGUGUGUAAAUUGGAGGCUAAGUAUAAGUUUAAGCAAAGAUAUAUUUUCACUGGCAGACCACACUGAGCUCUUCAGAAUUUGUAGGAAAGUAGGAAAGCAAUAAAAUGAGCAUCUUUCAUCUAA